CCACCAAAAUUCACCCAAUGACACGAAAACAUUUCUAGCACAAAGAAAAUCAAAUCCUAUCCUGAGAUCCAAUCCAAUUCCAAGCUAUUAGUCCCUCAUGAUCCGAGUGUAGAACAUGUCCUAAUAGCAUCUACGCCAAAAGCGCAACUUCAGAAGGGUUUUGACUCCUCUGCUUUCACUAUUUCGGUCCUAAGCCUAAAACGGACAUACUAAUCCGACUGAUACUCAACCGGAUCAACCGGGCUGAGACAAAAAUUUCUUGAAGUCGAGGCUUUAUUGGAGAGCUUUCCUUCUUCUUCUACAAUCCAAAUGGUUUUCUUUUCUCCCCCAUUUCUCAUUAAUUCUCCAUCAGGAGUCGUUGACGGCAGCAUAGCUAAUACGCCUUGAAUCAUGUAAAUCUGCCCGGGAUCGAUAGGAUCUUCACAACCAAGCUCGAAAACCACGAUCCGCCUACCUCUGUACCUUCUUAACACUGAGCCACCACUACCAAGGAGGUUCAUCGGAGGAGAGGUACCUCCGCGAAGAGACUGACGAAGAAAUCCACCAGAUCUGCUGCCGUCGUCGAGAGUCAUAGUUCCCCAUUGUAGAUCUACCAACGAACCUCCAUCUGAGAGAACUAUCUCCGCUCGCCGUCGACUUAAAACUCUUUGAUUAAGCCACAAAGAAGGAGGAGCCGCCGCCGGCUAAAAAAAAUCGACACAAAGGAAAAAAAAAACUAAAAAGAGAAGAGAGGCCCUCUCACGGUGCCGGCCGAAACCGACCACCAAAGAGGCAAAACGGCGUUUGAAGAUUUGAUCUGGUUUGCGGCGGCUAACUAGAGAGAGAGAACUAGGGUUUUUUGUUUAGUUUGUGUUUUUGUUGUUGUAUUUUACUUAAGAUGUUGUUUUUGUUUAAAUGAACCAAAAAAAGGAAGUCUUAGCUUAACAAACCGACGCCGUUUAGCGAUGUGCAUUUCAACAAACUGCGAUGUCGUUUUGACAUUUUAUUGCUCACUCAAGUCAUUUUGCUACUGCUGAUUAUCUCUGGAAAUUUGAAAUCUUCGUUUCUCGCGCCGGCAUUGAAAUCAGCGAGAGAGAUCGGUAAGCUUAAUCGCCGUUUGUUGUUCUUCAAUCACUUUCUGCGACGCGUUCUCUCUCUAUCGCUCUGUCAAAAUCGCAGGUGCGUAGCAGCUUGAGAUACUUAUAUUAGAGGUUGACAUGAGAUGCAACGCGUGUUGGAGGGACCUGGAGGGCAGGGCCAUUUCCACCACUUGCGGUCACUUAUUAUGUACUGAAGAUGCCAGCAAGAUUCUCAGUAAUGAUGGGGCAUGUCCCAUUUGUGAUCAAGUACUCUCCAAGAGUUUAAUGAAACCUGUGGAUAUCAAUCCAAAUGAAGAAUGGAUAAAUAUGGCGAUGGCUGGAAUUUCUCCACAAAUACUGAUGAAGAGUGCAUACCGAAGUGUAAUGUUUUACAUUGCCCAAAGAGACUUAGAGAUGCAGUACAAGAUGAAUAGAGUUGUUGCACAGUGUCGUCAGAAAUGUGAGGGUAUGCAAGCAAAGUUUAGCGAGAAAAUGGAGCAGGUCCAUACAGCAUAUCAGAAGAUGGGCAAGAGGUGUCAGAUGAUGGAGCAAGAGGUAGAAAACUUGACCAAGGAUAAGCAAGAGCUCCAAGAGAAGUUCUCUGAGAAAUCAAGACAGAAGAGGAAGCUUGAUGAGAUGUAUGACCAGCUAAGAAGUGAGUAUGAGUCAGUUAAACGUACAGCCAUCCAACCAGCAAACAACUUCUACCCGCGACACCAAGAACCCGACUUUUUCUCAAACCCAGCAGUUAAUAUGAUGGAGAACAGAGAGACCAUUCGCAAAGACCGGUCGUUUUUCUCUCCUGCAACACCAGGACCUAAAGAUGAGAUAUGGCCAGCAAGACAGAACAGUUCAAACUCAGGUCCAUUCGACAUCUCCACCGACUCACCUGCGAUUCCAUCCGAUCUUGGAAACAGAAGAGCUGGCAGAGGACAUCCUGUAUACGGUGGUGGUGGCACUGCUAAUCCCCAGUCAACUCUACGAAACCUUAUUCUCUCCCCUAUUAAACGUUCUCAGCUCUCUCGUUCCCGCCCUCAGCUGUUCACGCUAUAGCUUAAGGAUCAAGUUCAAGUGUUCUGAAACUGCCUAGGUGGAAGUCCUAAUGGUCACAACCAGUAAGUGACUCUUCUUUUUUAUAAGCUGUCUGACUUAGUAAGUAAAAAUCUGAGGGAAAAUGUAGUAUUUGAGGAAAAG